AUGUCAUCACGUCCAAGUAUCCAUGCACCCCAUCCAACAACACCUCGUAUCAUUCCAAAUUGGAUUUCUGCGAUUGCCCAAAAAUUGCUUGUUCUGUCACGCUGGACCGGUUCCCUACAUGGAUCAUUUUUCCCACAUUUAGCUUUGUCAAAUGAAGACAUAGUUUCAAGGUUUUCAAGUGUAGUUCACUGGACUGUUAGCCAAAUCAAAGCAUUUGCAUGGCAUCCACACACACUGAAAUUCUCUUACGCCUUAAAAGAUGAUACUGUGAGAGUACAUGCAAACUUUACAGAGCUUGCCUCGAGUCUGAAACACACAGAGCUAGUUCCCAUAUUGAAACAUAAACUACAGAAGAAUGUUGCUUGUUUGGCUUGGCAUGAUGUUCCUGAAGCUAACAAAGUCUACAGCCAGUUUGUCUAUAUUAGUUCCCAUGGAUACCAACCCCCUCACUAUUUCUUGCAAUAUCUUCAUUUACUUCAAAAACCAAACCAAUCACUAGCUACAAGACCAUCAUCAAGUUCAGUACAAGUUCUACAGGAGAGUGGACAUUGUCCGAUAACAAGUCUGUCGUGGAGUCCUGAUGGCCGUAUUUUAAUGUCAUCAUCCCCAGUGGAUACAGCAAUGAUGGCAUGGGAUGUUGCCUUGGAAACAUGUACACCACUCCGUAGAUUUGGUGGAGGGGGUGUGUCACUGGUUGCUUGGUCUCCAGAUGGCAGUAAACUCUUCUCCGCCACACCUUCUAAUCUGUUCAGAGUAUGGGAAACAAGAACAUGGAGUUGUGAGAAAUGGUCAACUUCAACAGGACCUUGCAAGACAGCCUGUUGGAGCCCUAAAGGAAAUAUUUUGUUGUUUGCAACAGAAAAUCAACCAGUUAUAUACUCACUUACAUUCUCUGAAGUAUCAGAUGAAACAAAGCCUGUGAUUGGUGGAUCUCAAACAGCAAUGGCUUGUGCUGACCUAUCAGAGACAGACUUACAAACAGCAGAUUCAUCAAAUGUGAAGGUUGGUGGACUUAUUCAACAUAUGGCUUGGGAUUCAAAAGGAGAACGUCUGGCAGUAAUAUUUCAAGGUAACUGUGAGUAUGUAGCUGUGUUCAGAACAAAAUUGUUUCCUGUCCUGGAAAUUACUUCUUGUGGUUUUGUGAAAGGAUUUGAUAGUGAGAAGGCAGAGUUUAUUGAGUUUCAGCCAAAUUAUAGUAAAGGUGCAAUGUUAACUGUGAUCUGGUCAAGUGGCAGAGUGGGAUAUGUUCCCAUGUAUUUUGUUUCAUCAUCAUCAACUACAACAGUAUCAUCUCUAGAGGAAGAGUUUAAAUAUCAGCAACAUCAACAUACAUUCUCUAAUGGGUUAUAUUCUACUACAGACUAAAAUAGAUUCACCUGUUUGCCUAGUAAUGUGUAUGGCUUGACUUAAGAAAAGUUAUUUGUAUGGCUUGACUAAAGAAAAGUUAUUUGUAUGGCUUCAUUAAAGAUACAUUAUUUGUAUGACUUAAUUAAAGAUAAGUUAUUUGAAUGACUUAAAUAAAUGAGUGAUUUAUAUGGCUUGACUAAUGAGAAGUUAAUUUUAGUACUUGUCUAAAAAAAGUUAAUUAUAUGAUUUGAAUUAGAAAAUAAGAAAUAUUGGUAUUGUUUGGAUAAGAGAAGAAAUGUGUAUGACACUUGGCUUAUAGUUAAGGAAGUCAAAGGUGACUUCUGUUCAGUAAACUUUUAUGUGAAAAAUGAUUUUUAGCUCGACUAUUCGAAGAAUAUCAGAGCUAUUGUAGUCGCCCCGGCGUCAGCGUCCGCGUCGGCGUCUGCGUUGGUUAAAGUUUUUUGUAAAGUCAAAUAUCUCAAUUAUUACUUGAGAUAUUCAAUUGAAACUUACAAUACUUAUUUAUAGUAACAAGGUACAUCAGAUUGACAAGUUGGAUAACUGUGCCUACAAUAUUGACAGAAUUAUGCCCAUUUUUAUCUUAGAAAUUUUGGUUAGAUUUUUUUGUAAAGUCAAAUAUCUCAAUUAUUGCUUGAGAUAUUCAAUUGAAACUUACAAUACUUAUUUAUAGUAACAAGGUACAUCAGAUUGACAAGUUGGAUAACUCUGCCUACAAUAUUGACAGAAUUAUGCCCCUUUGGAACUUUGGUAGAAGUUUUUUUGUAAAUUCAAAUAUCUCAAUUAUUGCUUGAGAUAUUCAAUUGAAAUUUAAAAUAAUUUUUUAUAGUAACAAUGUACAUCAGUUUGCAAAAUUGCAUAACUCUGCCUGCAAUAUUUGCAGAAUUAUUCGCCCCUUUGAAAUUUAGAAAUUUUGGUUAAAGGUUAAAGGUCUUCAAAGAUAAUAAAUUUACUUGAAACUUAACACAAUCAUGCACUUAGGGUCAUAAUUGGAGGGUCAUAAUUGUAUGUCACUGACCAAGUUCCAUAACUCUAUCUUGCAUUAAGGCUGAUUUUUCUCCCCUUUUUCAACUUAGAAAUUCAUGGUAAAGUUUUGCUUGUAAGCUAGUAUCUAGAUAACUACUCAAGGGUUUGUGCCUUUUUGGGACAAUUUUAUGCAUUCAUAAUUAUAAAGCAGUGAUUUACUUGAUAAAACAUCUUAAUAACAAGCCUUUGUACCUUUUCUGUCAAAUUUAUGUAUUCAUAGGUAAUUAGUACUAUUAUACUCAAUAAAACACCCUUGUGACAUUACCUUCCGAAAAGUCAAGCCAAUACUGUAUAAUUAGACUCCCUCUAAGGCCUAUAACAUGAAUUUAUAAAAAAAAAUUAGCCCUUUUGUGAACUUAAAAAAUUUAACAUCUAGGCUCUUUUACUAUCAAGCACCUAGAAUAGUCGAGCGUGCUGUCCUACCGACAGCUCUUGUUUAUUGUAAAGUUUAACCUAUAAAAUAUAAGAUUUUUUGCAAAGUUUGACGGAGUUCUGUAUAAUAUUACAUUAUAGAUAACUAACUUUGUUAUAAUUAUGAUUUCAAUUUUGUUCUAACCAAGUAUUAUUAAUAUCUUUCAAGACACAAGGAUAAAAAUUUGUUAUGAUGAUAUUCUAUAUAACUAGAAACGUGUAGUUAAUGAUAAAAUAUUGAAACAGUUUAUAAAAAUAUAUGUAAGUUUUACACAGAUGUGUGGACUUCAUAAAUUGUUAAAUUUGCAAAUGAUGAUCAGUUUUGUGUCCAAGUGUGCUACAGGUUAUCAUGACUUAUGUAUAAAACACAAACUCAUUUGGAUUAAUAACUACUGUUUUACAUGUAAGCCAGUUAAUUGACAUUUCAUAUCAAUUGCAACAUAUUCAAGUUAAAUUGUAAAUGAAUAAAUGUACUCGUACUUUAUUGUCAUCCAGGAGAUCAUUUUCACAUACGGUAAUAUUUGUAAAUAAAAAAUCUAAAUCUUGUUAAAUAUAUAAAAUUUGGUUACAAUUUUUCUUGGUCCUGCUACAGAAAGACUUGCUAUAUACUUGUUUUUUUGUAAACAAAUAUUAAAAAUAUUAAUGUUAUUUAUAAUAAAAGAUGAUGUUGCAACAUUGAA